CGGCGGCUGCCCACGGGCCCUCAGCCGGGGGGCAUGCACACGGUUCCUCGGGGCCGGCGGGACCGGCGGGGGACAUCGCGGGCAGGGAGAGAAGGCCAUGACAGCGUAGGCCGGCGGUGAGCCAUGGAGCGGUUCAGCGAGUGCGGGACGCAGACGGACGCCGUGGUGGUGCUGUCCCUGGCGCAGGCCGCGGUGCUGGGCCUGGUGUCCGACAAUGAGCUGCUUGGGGCCACCGUCACCCCUGCGGGAUUCUUCCCGGGGCUGGAUGGAGAGCAGCUGGACAGUGCCACCAUGGAGCCUGGGGAGCCUGAGGGCGAGGAGCCGGCGCCUGGGGAUGGGCAGGACGAGGACGCCCUGGAAGCAGACUCCUCCCUGGAGAAGCAUGCCAGGAGGAGGAAGAGGCCGCCUGUGAGGCUGCUGCCCAAGGUGAAAAGCGAGAAGGCAGAGGUGGAGGCCGAGCCGCCGUACAAGGCGGACGAGGAGGGCGAGGGGCAGCCCGGCCACGCGCCCCAGCCCCCCGAGCCCAGCCAGGAGCCGGCGGGGCAGAGCGGAGCCGUGGAGAUGAUCGACCUGGGCACCUUCAGCAGGAAGCCCCGACGCCUGCGGCACCUGCGCCGGCACCGGGAGCCGGAGGGCACCGAGCGCCGGCGCCGGGGCAGCGACCCGGCUGGCGGCACUGUGGGGGCCCCACAAACCGUGGGCAGCUUCGAGGCCGCUGCCCCAUCCCCUGGCGAGGCGGAGGCGCCGGGGGCGGGCGACCGCCAGAAGCGCUGGCAGUGCCGCAUGUGCGAGAAGUCCUACACCUCCAAGUACAACCUGGUGACCCACAUCCUGGGCCACAACGGCAUCAAGCCCCACUCCUGCCCGCACUGCAACAAGCUGUUCAAGCAGCCCAGCCACCUGCAGACCCACCUGCUGACCCACCAGGGCACGCGGCCCCACAAGUGCGGGGUGUGCAGCAAGGCCUUCACCCAGACCAGCCACCUGAAGCGGCACAUGCUGCUGCACACCGACAUCAAGCCCUACAGCUGCCGCUUCUGCGGCCGCGGCUUCGCCUACCCCAGCGAGCUGAAGGCGCACGAGGUGAAGCACGAGAGCGGGCGCUGCCACGUGUGCGUGGAGUGCGGGCUGGACUUCUCCACGCUCACCCAGCUCAAGCGGCACCUGGCCACGCACCAGGGCCCCACGCUCUACCAGUGCCUGGAGUGCAGCAAGUCCUUCCACUACCGCAGCCAGCUGCAGAACCACAUGCUGAAGCACCAGAACGUCCGGCCCUUCGUCUGCACCGAGUGCGGCAUGGAGUUCAGCCAGAUCCACCACCUCAAGCAGCACUCGCUCACGCACAAGGGCGUGAAGGAGUUCAAGUGCGAGGUAUGCGGGCGGGAGUUCACCCUCCAGGCCAACAUGAAGCGGCACAUGCUGAUCCACACCAGCGUCCGGCCCUACCAGUGCCACAUCUGCUUCAAGACCUUCGUGCAGAAGCAGACGCUCAAGACCCACAUGAUCGUGCACUCGCCGGUGAAGCCCUUCAAGUGCAAGGUCUGCGGGAAAUCCUUCAACCGCAUGUACAACCUGCUGGGGCACAUGCACCUGCACGCCGGCAGCAAGCCCUUCAAGUGCCCCUACUGCUCCAGCAAGUUCAACCUGAAGGGCAACCUCAGCCGGCACAUGAAGGUCAAGCACGGGGUGAUGGACAUCAGCCUGGACAGCCAAGAUGCCAUGAUGGAGCUGGCCGGGGCUGACCACGCCGAGCUGGACGGCCAGCAGGAGAUGGAUGACUUCGAGGAGGAGAACUCUUACGGCUACGGGGCUGUGGGCAACCCCCCAGACGAGCUGGCCGAGCAGGCCAUGAAGGAGAUGGCCUACUACAACAUGUUGUAGCCAAGGCUGGUGGGGCUGUGGGGGCUUGGUGGGGUUACAAGGGGCUGCAGCACCCACCCGGACACCCCCAGAGUUGGAGGGGUGGCUUCCACUGGGCUUGGGGGACACAGGGAUGUCCAGAAGACUUUGCUGGACCUGCCUUGGCUCUGUUGCUGCCCCCCUGCUUGCACCCUGCACCUGUGACUUGAAGCUGCAGGCAGGGGUGAUACGACCCAGCAGAUCACUGAAUGAGUAAGGAUGGAAGGGGCUGCUGUGGAGCAAGAUGAGCAUCACUAAUUAUUCUACCUCCUGGGUCCCCCCCUCGCUGCACAGGGUUCCCCCCGCCCGCAUGAGGAGGUGGGUUUGCAUUUCCCACUGGCCCCGGGGCUCCCUGUCAGCCCCUGGGAUGCAGAACAGAGUAUUUUCAUAGAAGCUCAGGGCGCAGUCAGCGCCCACAGCUCCGGCUCUGGAGCUGCAGCCAGCGGAGGAUCCGGGGGAGGCAAACCCAGCCCAGCCCCUGCAAAUGAUGGUAUUUUGAAAGUAAUUUAUUUUUUUCAGAUGUGCCGCGUGGUUGGAUUUAUCUUUUCACCGAGUUCAGUUCCCUUCAACCAAUGUGCUUUGUAAACCCGUGUAAGCUGUGUGGUCUGUGUGGGGAGAGGGGGUUGUGAGGGGCUGAGGACCAGAGCAGGGUCCUGGGCAGAGCCCCCACUAAGGAAGUGGCACCCCCUCCUUGCCCCCCAGCUGUUCUGGGGCUGGAGGAAAAGGAUCCCACGGGGCAGCCUGUGAGGUGGCGGUUUGCCUUCUCCCUGCCCAGGGGUUUGGCAGGGAAGGGCAGCGCUGAGUCUGGGACCACUCUGGGCUCUUCACUCUCUGCUGUGGGGCAGCACCUACACCAUUGCCCCCCAGAGCUGGGUUGGGUCCUGGCAGGCAUCACACAACCAGGGCCCAGGGUCUGGGACACUGUGCUGACCCCACACGCACCCUACACUUUGUGUCAGUGGCCGUGUUCCCUGCAGCACCAUCUGCCCCAUCCCAAAAGCCCUGGAGUGGUUCUGGGUGUGGCACCACUCAGUCCCCCAAAGGCAGUGUGCCUGCCACCCACCUUUCCCCCCACUGCCUUGGGGCAGGACAGAGAUGGCCACAGCACGGCAGGGCUGUGGAGCCCCACCGCUGCCUUCAGGCAAUGCCAAAAUGCUGGAGUGCACGGUCCCCCCAGCCUGGCUGCGCCCCGUGCCCACACUGCAGAGCUGUGCCCGGUGAUGUGCCAGGCCUGGGGAGAUAUUUAAUGGCACCACACGGUUGUGGGGGUACAUGAAUCAGGGCAGGACAGACACACGCCCCCCAGCCCUGCACUCCCCUGCUACUAAGGCUUUAAAAACACUCCUAAGAAAACUUUGGAAAAAUUAUUCAACUGUUCCUGAGCUGUGCUGGUGAGUUGGGGAGGGGGCACUGGGC